AUGCCGACCCUGGAUGAGGGCGACGCGCGGUGUGAUGCGUCGGAGACGUUCGCCGGGGCGGCGGCGGCGGCGGCGGCGGCGGCGGCGGCGGAGGCGCGCGGCGACGCGGAGGCGGAGGCGGAGGCGGAGGCGGAGGCGGAGGCGGAGGCGGAGGCGGAGGGAGAUCGAGCGCCCACGGUGUUGGUCGUGGACGAUUGCGCGAUGAAUCGAAAUUUGGUGCGUGGGGUGUUGAUGAGCGUGUUCUCGCGCGUUCGCGUGGAGACGGCGGAGGACGGACGGGAAGGGAUUCAGAGGUUUGAGGCGCUCGCGCGGGACGGCGACGUGGCGCUCGUGGUGAUGGACUAUAACAUGCCUUGGUGCGACGGUGUGACGGCGGCAAAGUACGUCAGAGCGUUAGAGGAUCGAAUGAUACGAUUGGCGCUCGAGCGCGAUGCGUCGCCGCGACAUCGAGUGCCGAUCGUGAUGUAUACGACGGAGCUGCACGUCAUAUUGCCCGCCCUCGUGGACGGCGUCAUCGACGACCGUCUGCCAAAGGUGUGUUCGAGGGAUUUGUUCUCGAGAGUCAUGCUUCGACACUUGGCGCCUAGACACACGCGAUUCGUGAAACCGGAAUGGCGAGGAAUAGAUGAGCGAAUGAUGAGGUUCAGCUGCAACGACGCGUUUAACGUGGAGUUGGAUCCUCGAGGCGUCUCGCUCGCAAACGACUCGCUCGCAAACGCCUUGACGACGCAAAGUGGGAAGAAACGCGUUCGCGGUCGAUUGAAUGCGUUAACCAACUCCUCUCGAUGGAGUAAGAUGUUGAAGGGAGUCGACGGGGACGUGAUCAUCUUGCAAGACAGAUCGAUGGAGGCCUCAGGUGCGGAGUCGCGCACCAGUCGCGGAUUCGUCAAGCGGCUCACUCGGUCGUUCAGGGCGUUCUUCACAUCCGCGCCGACGGCGCGAGCGAAAAUGAAGGAGGUCAAGCGCGCGGCGCUGGCGAAAAAGUUCAACGCCGACUUUGACAACUCCAACUCAAGCGCGCACGGGGAAACUAUGCGCGCUCCAAUGUACUCGCAGUUGGCUAAUGUCGCUCUGCCUAGGUAUUCAUAUUAA